AUCACGAGCAGAAGCAGACGGUGCAGGGGAUCAGACAGCUCAUGGACAAGUGCUGCAAUCGUCUUGGAUGCGACAUUCGGUUUUGCUGCGAGGAGUGCGAGGUCGGGUAUCGUCGCUCGGAGAAUUGCCACAGGCGGUCGAGGAUGCUGAUAUCGUCUGAGUUUGUUGGGUAGCUAAUGGUGGCCACAUGCGCAAAAAUGCAAGGAGGAAUCCGCUGCGGUGCCAGGCUCUCGCAGAGGAUGGAGAUGGAGUUGUUUCGACAGCUGGGUAGUGCCAACAGUGGGGUUUCGCUCGGGCGCACAAACGGCGUCGCAGCGUCCAAUUUUGGCUCCACAUUGCUGUCCACGCAAGUUUCAUCAACAGCUCGCUGUCAUCGUUUUCACUCCGCUCUCGUUCAGUCGCAGUAUGCGUCACAAUUCUCUCGUAGUUGUAGCUGCAGCAGGAGAUCAGUGUCUCUUCUCUCUUUCAAGCACGGUUUUGGUCUAUCCGGUGAGCGCUUCGAGCCACUUGCGCAGCAGUUUAGCACAUCGAGAGUUGCUUCAGCACCUAGAGUUACCACUUCCUUUCACCCUGAUGAUGUUAGGGGCGAGCCCAGAACAGACGAGCUUGUUUGCCCUGGAUGUGGAAUUCAGAUGCAGGACACAAAUCCUAAAGCCCCGGGUUACUUUCAAGAACCAGCCCGGCCCAAAAAAUUGUCAGAUGAAGACUCCGCUGAACAAAGCGAGUUAAUGCUCGAGAUGGCAGAGCUGGAAAGGCAACAGCUGGAAGAGGACAAGGAGAAGGAAUCAAAGGAGGAAGAGUUCUGGUUAGAAGGAAUUGAGGAAGACGUGAGCCUCUUUGAAUCUCGAUCUUCGCGGAGACGGGCUAAGAAGGAGAAAUAUGCCAAGAAAGACAUAUUGGCUCAAGUUGAAGGCGAGAAGCCUGUAGUAUGUGCCAGAUGCCAUGCGCUUAGAAACUAUGGAAAGGUGAAAGAUGAGGCUAUGGAAAAUCUUCUACCGGAUUUUGACUUCGAGAAUGUGGUGGGUGAUAGGUUAAGGAAGUCUAUUGGGCGGAGAGCAGUGGUUCUUAUGGUGAUUGAUGCCGUUGACUUUGAUGGAUCUUUUCCUAGAAUGGCAGCUACUCUGCUAGCAAGUUCGGAGAAGGAAUUAGCGGGUUCCUGGCAAGACGGGAAGUCUGGGAAUGUCCCUCGUCUAGUGAUUUGUUUGAACAAGGUCGACCUGCUUCCGGGUCAAAUUUCACCCAUAAGAUUGGAGCAGUGGGUGAGACGAAGAUCUAGAGCGGGAGGUGUUUCACAGAUCAGCGGGGUACACGUUGUGAGUGCCUACAAAGGGUGGGGAGUAGAUAAAUUGGCCAAGCAGCUGACAGAGAUGGCCGGCCCGAGAGGUGAUGUCUGGGUCAUAGGAGCUCAAAAUGUGGGAAAGUCUUCUCUUAUUAAUGCCUUAGGAAAGAUAACUACGGAAGAGAAGGAGAAAGAAAAGAAGAAGGUUUUCCUGACUGAGGCUGCAGUGCCGGGAACAACCGUAGGCGUCGUAAAACUCGAAGGAAUAUUGCCCGGCAGGGCAAGAGUACUCGAUACACCUGGGCUUCUUCAUCCCCAUCAAAUUACAACGAGGCUUACUAGGGAGGAGCAAAAAAUGGUGCAGAUUCGGAAAGUUUUGAAACCAAGAACUUUCCGUGUGAAGGUAGGUCAUGCUAUCUCUGUUGGAGGCCUGAUGAGAAUGACAGUAGUCAAAGCACCAGCGGACAGCAUCUACGCAACAAUUUGGGCAUCGGCAUUCAUUCCGUGUCACAUGGGACAGGCGGAGAAGUCUGCAGAGCUUUUUGAGAGACAUGUUGGUGACAAACUUACGCCUCCAUCAAGCAAAGACAGAGUUGAAGAGUUGGGACGAUGGGUGUCUAGAACCGUCCAAAUAUCUGGCGAGAAAUGGGACCAGAGCAGUGUAGACAUUGCCGUUGCAGGUGUCGGGUGGAUUGCUUUCGCUCUGUCUGGAGCGGCGACAUUGGAAGUCUGUACAUGGGAAGGUGUUGCUGUCACUGUCCGUGAGGCGAUGGUAUUCGAUAUGGCCGCUGUCUUCGAAAGGCCUGGAUUUACAGCACUUAAAGCUACCAGUAAAGCUGGUGCACAGAAAACAUAGUUUGAUUUCUAACUUCAUCUGAAUGUUUCGGAGAAAAUGUAUACACUCUUCUUUGACAAGUUAUGGUUAAAGAUCAAACCCUGACUUGUUCUUUAUUAAUAAAAAAUUCAAAUCUAAACUCGCCAGAGUUUUGUAUGUUUUCACUCUUUAUUUGCAUAAUUUGGAUGAUGCAAUUCUUCUAUCGGAGAAAUUGUGACUUUGUCUCUAAAGCCUUUCUUCUCAAGCCCUGCAAUUUUACCUGCUUUCACCCCGUAGUCUGACCUUUGCCCUCUUCCUCUUUAAUUUUUUGUAGAUUACUGUUACAUUGUCCUAUGUCUUUUCACCAUUUUCACCUCUACAACUUACUUGUUUGUAGUUCUUGUAAUCUCUCUUCGCAGUGUGUAUCUCGACUUCAUUAUUCCAAUGUUACACUUGACUUCUUUGAACAAUUUAGAAAUUAGAAAAUUAU